GCUGUGUGGAUCUCAUGAGAAUCUAAUUCUUUCACCAUCAUCAAAAUCAGACCAAACUGAAUAAGUUAACCGUACGCGAUGAGCAAACCGAAGGGGAUCAAUAUAUUAAUCACCGGCACUCCCGGUACCGGGAAAACCUCAUUAGCGGGAACCCUCGCCCAGGAGCUGGAGGACUUUGAGGUGGUCGAGGUGGGCAAAGUCGUGAAGGAAAAUCACUUUUACACGUCGUACGACGCGGCGCUCGAUACGCACAUCAUCACCAACGAGGACGAAGAUCGGCUUUUGGAUUUCCUCGAGCCGAUCAUGGUGAACGGGGGGAAUCACGUGGUGGAUUACCACAGCAGUGAUCUUUUCCCCGAAAGGUGGUUUCAUCUCGUCGUCGUGCUGCACGCCUCCACGGAAGUUUUGUUUGAUCGUCUCUCCGCGCGUGGCUACAAUGAGGCGAAGCUGUCGGAAAACAUGGAGGCGGAGAUCCAGUGCGUUUGCGAGGAAGAAGCGCGCCAGUCGUACAGCGAGGAGAUCGUGCUCGUGGUGAUGAACGAUACGCUUGAUCAGCUCGCCUCGACCGUCGCCGUGAUUCAGGAAUCCGUGAAUAAAAUCAAGACCGCGCGUGGUCUGUGAAAGCUAAGGAUAAGGACCUGAUGAUUGGAUAGCAGAUUCCUGGCAAACCACCCUAUCACACCAGUAAACGUUCUUCGACCUCUUGAAAAGUCGUUGAUAGGGUUUACUAGCAUGGGGGGUUGGAAUUCGCUGUUUAUGAUUAUUCUAAUAGUAGAUGACGAUUAAACAUUCCUUUGUGGAUUAUUAUGAAAA